GUGAGGGGUGUUUGUUUGCCGCGUCACUUUCUGCUUUGUGUCAUUGUGAGCCACGCAACUGUGAAAGUUUGACAUGAGUAUAAAUAGGUGGAAUUACAGUUCGGAAUAUCAUCCACCAACCUUCACUUCUUUACUUCAGUCCUUCAGCUCUUCGCUUCGCCUUCACAGCACUGUGUGCUUUCUGUCGUUUCAAAUUGCAUCGAGUCCAUUUGCUCAAAGACCAACAACCAGCUUUCAUCCACCACUUCCCAAGACUGCCUCUUCAAAACAGCAUCAUGGUUGCCUUUUCUCGCAUCACUUUCGCAUUCGCCGUUGCCGGCUUGAGCGCUGCUCAAUCCUUCUCAGGACCUGCUCCUACAGACCUUCCGACAGGCACCUUCCCUUCGGGAGCAGCCCGCCCAACUGGCGGCUUCGGCGGACCUGGUGGCAACGGGGGUCACCACGGUGGGGACAAAAGCGGUUUCUCCCACCCGACCGGUGGUUUCCACUCUGGAGUCCGCCCAUCGGGCACAGGUGUCUUCGAUGCUCAGCGCGCUCAGGAGAGCGGCGAUGCCCCUUUCCCCAGUGGCGGUGAUCUCUCAGCAUUUCCCUCAGGUGCUGCCAAGCCGUCUGGCCACCACGGCCACCACGGCAAGGGUGGGAAGGGCAGAAACCACAGUGGACAAGCUUCUGCUCCUACCGCUGCACCUUCAGUUGCCUCUGGCCUUGCACGUCGCCAGAAGCAAUCCGGCUCUGCCUCUGUACCUCCGAAGCCAACAGGUCCCAUUCCCAGUGGUGUCGCGCCUCCAAAUGGUGCCCACCCCUCCGGCCACCAAGGUCCUAAGCCCAGUGGCACACCUCCCGCGCGUCCUUCUGGAGCCGAGAAUGUAGCUGCCGCCGCCGCUGCUGAGUCAGGCCCCGCCUCCAAGUCAGGCGCUCCUGGUCCUCGCCCGACGGGCCCCAUCCCCAGUGGGAUCGCGCCUCCAAAUGGUGCCCACCCCUCCGGCCACCAAGGUCCUAAGCCCAGUGGCACACCUCCCGCGCGUCCUUCUGGAGCCGAGAACGUAGCCGCCGCUGCUGCUGCUGAGUCGGGCUCCGCCUCCAAGUCGGGUGCUCCUGGUCCUCGCCCAACCGGCGCAAGGCCAUCAUUCCACCCCAGCGGCCCUGUUCCAUCGGGCGCUCGCCCAACUGGCCCUCCUCCGUCUGGAAAGCCGUCCGGCAUGCCAAUUCCUACCGGUUUCGUCACCUCGACAGUUCGUGGUGCUUAGAUCACCGUUCGACCGUUUGGCAUUGGCGACACAAUUGUCGUAGACUUCAGCUGACAUACCCGCUAGCUUUAGGUUGAGAGAAAGAGAUGUUGUGUUCGGAGCUUUGUGUUGAGGGUUUUUGUUUCUCAAUUUUAGGGUCGUUUCGCGACAUACCAACUUAUACACUCGUUGAUCGCGCUGGAUGCGUUCGAGACGCGCUUUUUUGUACAAUAGGAAAUCGAAUUCCGUUCUCUUCAUCAUUAGAACCAUUUUUCAUUCUUAGUAACUUCAUGGCUGCCAUUUAAUUAACA